AGGCCGAAGGCAGCCACGUGGUGGGCAGCUUGCUGGAAAUCUCUUCAGCCAUCAAGAUGAAUGAUUGCCACAAGCUGCUGCAAGAACUGCACUCGUUGGAGGAGGCGCUCUGGCGAUUGUCCUCGGUGUGCUUGCCCAUCAUGUACACCCGCUCCCCAGAGGAUCAUUCGCUCCUCUGCGAUCCUUUCCUUUUCUUUUUCUACCUCCGGACCUACAUCGGGUCUACUGACGUGAAGAUGGAGAUCGACCAAGAAAUUCAGAAUUGGCACCUCAAAGGUCCUUCAGGUGCCAUGAGCGCGAUCUUGCCCUGCGUGGACUCCCUGCUCGGCAUCUGCAACACCUCCGCGGAGCUGCGCGAGGCGGGAGCCGCGAG